AUGACGUGGCUAACAAUUCUGUUGCACAUUUGGCUGCUGUGGCAUGCAACUUGUGGCACAACCACAGAGCAGGAAACAAUUGUAUACAGCAACUCAGUGGCAAAAAUCCGGCAUCAGCAAUUCCUAAAUUAUGCAAUCAAUAAAAUGAAGAAGCGUCCGCGCAUGAAAAGCUACGAAGCUGCUGAGGAGUACGUGGCCAAUCCGCUGAACGCUUUGGCGCUGCUGCGGCGUCUACAACAGGAUUGGCCCAAAUGGCUAAAAUACAUCAAAGCCGACUCACUGCAGCUCGAACAAAUGGAGGAGCGACUAAAGCAAGCGCCAAGUAAAAGAGACUUGCGAAAUGCUGUAAGCAAACUGUUGCAUCUGGAAAACUUUUACGAUCUGGAGACAUCGCAUAUGAUCAAGGGUUUGCUUCUAGAGCAGCAAUACGACGCGCAGCUGGACUCGGUGGACUGCUUUGCUCUUGGCAAUUAUCUGUUCAGACGUAAUGCCUUCAGUCGCUCCACCCACUGGUAUCGCAAUGCCAUACGUAUAUAUAAAGAACCUUAUAGCAAAAUAUAUUCAAAGGUCUACGGAGUAAAGCUGCAUAAGAUCUACAGGCAAUAUGCCAGAGCUAUUGCUAAUGAAACUUACAUAUUAGAGAAGCCAAAGGACAAAUCGACGCAAGAGUGGGCAGCUGCUGGUGCAAUAGUGACGCGACUAGUCGAGGAUGCCAAAAACAAGGAUAUCAAGCGACUCAUAGAGCAGUAUCUAGCUGGUGAUGAGCAAAUUUUUAUAAAAGAUCGCGCUAGACUCAGAGUGAAGCCCACGCAACUGCAGAGCGCAUGUCGAGCUGAAAGCCAAACACCCAGCAGCUCCAACUUGUAUUGUCGCUACGACAGAGAGUCAAGUGCAUUUUUAAAGUUGGCAGCGCUGAAGAUAGAAAUGCUCAGACUGCAACCAGCUGUAAAAUUAUUUCAUCAAGUGUUGCAUGACAAGGAAAUUGCAACUUUGAAGCAAUGGAGCAAGGAGCAAACAAACUGGAGCUCAACAAGUGCAGUCAAGUCUUAUGCAUUGCCAGCUGAUCAGCUGCGAUUGGUGGAUAAACUAAAUAGUCGCAUAGCUGAUAUGAUGCAGUUGGAUAUUGCCAAGCAUCAAGAGUUGCAUUUGCUUAAUUAUGGUUUGGGUGCACAUUUGGGAGAUCCACGUUGCAAAUCCAACUCCAAGUCCAAGCAUGUAGCAUGCCAGCUACAGGGCAACUAUACGAAGCAAGCCACAAGCAGUCGGCAAGCUACAAUGCUCUUUGCUGCUAGUACUGUGCCGCUAGGUGGCGCUGUAGUGUUUCCCAAAAUGCAGUUAACGCUGAAACUGCCAAAAGGCAGCGCCUUAUUUUGGUCUAAUCUCAAUGCAAUUGGCAAACGCGAUGCGCUGGCCAACUAUGUCAUUUGCCCAGUUCUAGUGGGCAGUCGUUGGGCGCUGAGCAAGUGCAUCAAUGAGCGACCCAAUCGACUUUGCCUGGCGUAGUCAAAGCAAGCUUUAUAAUUGAAUCAAGUGCAAUAAAUAUGAGAA